GGAUGCCCGAGGGUGAACUCCUAUUGCAGGCCCUCAAUGGUUUUGUCCUGGUCAUCACUGCAGAGGGGAUCAUAUUCUACUCCUCUCACACCAUUCAGGAUUACCUGGGAUUCCACCAAACGGACGUGAUGCACCAGAGUGUGUUUGAUCUGAUCCACACUGAGGACCAGCAGGAGUUUAGGAGGAACCUCCACUGGGCUCUCAACCCCCCGGCCGUGCCCCAGCAGGUGGAGUCACCCCCAGGUCAGUCUUACARUGCGUCUCACUGUCUACCCCCUUUUAUGCCGGCUUGCCUCCCAGAGAACUCCUCCUUCUGGAAAGAACUUCGUCGUCGCUUCCGCUGUCUUACUCCUCUGGCUUCUGGUUUCCUGGCCCUGACCCUCCAGGGCCGUCUGAAGUUCCUGCAUGGCCAGAACUGCCGGCUGGAUGAUGGCUGCAACGUGCCCCCCCAGCUGGCCCUGUUUGCCAUCGCCACCCCCCUCCAGCCUCCAUCCAUCCUGGAGAUCAGGACCAAGAACAUGAUCUUCAGGACCAAACACAAGCUGGACUUCACCCCCAUGGCCUGCGACGCCAAGGGGAAGAUCGUGCUGGGCUACACUGAGGCUGAGCUCCGGGUCCGAGGCUCUGGAUACCAGUUUAUCCAUGCAGCUGAUAUGCUCUACUGUGCUGAGAACCACGUCCGCAUGAUCAAGACAGGAGAGAGCGGGCUGACGGUGUUCAGACUGCUCACUAAGGAUAACCGCUGGAGGUGGGUCCAAGCCAACGCCAGACUGGUCUACAAGAACGGCAAGCCUGACUACAUCAUCGCCACCCAGAGGCCCCUGGUGGAGGAGGAGGGAGGAGAGCACCUGAGGAAGCGUUCCAUGCACCUCCCCUUCACCUUCGCCACGGGCGAGGCCCUUCUCUACCAGAGUAGCUACCCCAUCCACGGCCUCACCGACUCACUCCAGGCUAAAGGCAAGACCAAAUCCAAGAAGGGCAAGCUGGACAAGAACCCGUCGAAGGAUAACGGUGGACUGGACCCCAGRUCCCUGCUCGGGGCGCUGAUGAGGCAGGAUGAGUCCGUGUACGUGUGCCAACCAGCCGUCGAGCCCAAGAUGUCCUUCCACAGUAGUCUGUUUAGUGAGCGAGGUGAGGGGGAAGGGCAGAGCAGUGGAUGCUAUAGCGGUGGCCCUCUGGGUGGGGGUGUGGYAGAGAGCUGGAGCUCUGUGCCCAAUGGGGUCACCACCUCCACUGYCCCCAACGGAGAGCCUCCGUCCAGCUUCGACCCGCUGCUCGCCACCCUGGACUCACUAUCUCUGGAGGGGGACGAGACAUGCUCUAACAGCGAGCUGUUCUCUGCGCUGGAGAACCUGGGUCUGAACGCAGAGGAUCUGGAGCUACUGCUGCUGGAUGAGAGGAUGAUCAGAGUGGAGAUGGAUCCGGACUACAUCCCCUCGCUCAACGACCUGCUCACCAACAACGAGAUCCUGUCCUACAUCCACGACUCGCUGGAGAACAAGACCGAGGAGGACCAGGGUGGGGACAGUCCCCUGUCCAUACCACAAACCUCCACCACAACCCAUCCCCCAGGCCCUAUCCUUAAUUCUGCCCUUAUCUUUAACCCUCAUACCCAAGCCACCCCCACUAUGCAUAUCUCUACCCUCCACCCCCAGGCUACUAACCCUCCUGCCCCCCAACCCAUYUUACCCCCUCACAGACUACCAAAACAGCCACCCAUAGUGCAYCUCUCCCAGCAGAUGCAGCAGCACCUCAACUUAGUKAAGCCCGUUCWGGCAAAAUACCCCUGGCCCCCGACACAAACGGACGUCCCCACGCCAAGCCAGCCAGACACACUGCAGCACACAAACUCACUAGCCGUGGUCCAUAAUGGUCACUGGCUUCCCCAGCAGCAGCAUAUGCUUGCGGGGCUGGACGACCACUGCCACAGCCUUCUCCCCCUGGUUAACGGUAAGACAUCCCAGCUGGGGCCUCACGGGGCCGGGCAGCUCAAACACCACAACAACAUCCAURUUCAGAGCCAGUGGCAGCAGCCGAACCAGCACCUACAGGCCCAGCUUCAGUCUCAGUGCCAUUUCAAACAGCAGAAGGCUAGUAMCAGCAGCAGUGKKKCUCUCAACGGGGUGCACCCUGAUCCCGAUUGGCAGAGUCCCGGCUACGACGACCAGUUGGGACCGACCGCUAACGGAGCCCGCACCGUCUCCUACCCCAACGGGCACGCGGACACCCUCUCACACACUACAGAAGGAGAGGUCACUCACACGGAUUACGGRAUGGGUGACUCGACUGCCAUGGUCAUGAACGGGGUUACGGUAGGGGGCAUAGGUCACUACCAGGGACAAGGAGGGGUGACUGCUAACCUCUCGGACCUUCUGGAGCGUCACAAACCAGAUUAUCCACAGGUCCCAUCCACCUAUUUCCCUCACCAGUACUCCACCACACAGAACUCCUUKGAUUACAUCCUGGGGCUAUCACAGCCUCAACACACCAUGCCUACUCUGGACGCCUACGGCAUUUUGAAUAGCCCCGCUUCCCAAGAUGCCACUCACUGCAAGAUGGAGAGCGGCUGCAUCCUCAACGACACCAACGUGGCUUACACAGGGAGCUGUCUACUGCCCAAUGUGAACAGCCAGACAGCCAGCGACAGUCUUCAGACCCUGCCCACCCUCCCAGACCCACAGACUACUGGCUUCUACCUCUGAGAGGGGGC